GCUGCACGAUCCUGCCCUCUAGCGGAGGCAAGGAAAUGGCUGCCAUUGGCCGCUGUGCAAAGCUUUGCCUUUACAGGCCUCAGUCAUCUCUUCUGCGACAGUCUCUGUCUCUUUUGCCUAAGUCUCCAGAAGUCCAGUGUGCAAGGUGGGGUCAUGGUAGGGUAAUGAAUGUGAGAGAUGGCCAAUACCUUACUAAGGCCUUAUGGAAUGAUAUGCAAUUUUGGUUCUUUGUUGGAUUCAUACCCCUUACUGGUAUUGCAUUGUAUGCAAAUAUAUUUGUUGGGGAAGCCAAGCUGGAGGAAAUACCAGAGGGUUACUGCCCCGAGGAAUAUGAAUAUUUUAAACAUCCCAUUAGUCGCUGGAUGGUGAAAUACAUGUUUAACCCACCAGAGAAAGUAUAUGAAAGAAGCUUAAGUGUUAUAUAUUGGACUUUGAAGCGGGAUCGUGAACGUCAGCUACGUAAAUUAGUCAAGUACUACCAGGGGACAAGAGGAGAUCAGAAGGGAUGGUACUUCAUAGAUGCAGGAUUAUCUCAGAGAAUACCAUGGGGCAGAGAGCAGUAUGAAUACACACUUGAUAACUUUUAUUAAUUCAAAGGACUACUGUUUGUUUCUCAAUUAAAAUUCAGAGGUUGGAGGGAACUUGUAGGUGGGGAGAGAUGGGAUAUUUCUCAGCUCUAGGAGAAUGUAAAUUAAUUUUUGCUUUUGGCAUAAAGAACAUUUUUUCUUUUUUUGGGGGGGGGGGGGGAGGGAAGGGGGGAUUCAAAAUUGAUGGAAAAGUCUUAUUCCUAUUCUUUUUUAUUCUGCCUCGAUGUGACAGAGAAUCUUCAGAGAACAGUAAAUCAAUCAGUUAUGUUGUUUUUAAGGUUAACUCCCCUUCAUCUACUUCCGAAUUCUGUUCGGAGGGUCUCAAACAGACAACACUCAAUGUUUAUUCCUCCGUUUGAUGAUUAUAUAAUUAACUUUGCAUCAGUGUGCUGGUACUAGUAACCCUGUACAAGACCAUCUGUGUAUAAUAGAAUUGAAAAGUUAAGCAAAAGUUAAUAUAAUACUUGUUUGCCUUAUGAAGCAGCCUAGGAGAAAGAAAACUGGUUGUUGUUAACUUUAUGGCCACAAAAAGACAAUAGGAUUUUGUGUUGUACCGCAAGAUCUCUGCAGAACUUUUUUUUGUUUGGUUGAUACAUGAAGCAAGAGUUUCCUCUGACAGAAGGGUUGUCAAUGAUAAGAAAAUAUGAAAAUGAGUUUGAUUUGGCUGAAAUUUUUGAAAACUUCAAUACGUCUUUCAGUUUGUACUCACUGUUUCUAGUGUGGUCUGUGUUCUGCUUUUGAUUUAUCUUCACAAUUUUGUAUUCCGUAAUAUCAGAAGAAAAAUGAGAUUUUUUUAAAAGAAA